AUGCCACGGCCUUACAACAACGCAAAAACAUGCUUUCCCAGAUGCUUCUCACGACACCAAGCCAUUUGGAAAAUAGUUCCCUUCAAGUUGUCAAGUAGACAGCCCAUUGACUACCUGGCACAGAUCUUAGAAAUCCCAAGCAAGAUUCAGGGACCUGUGGCUUACUGCCCAGAAAAAACUGGGGAAGACAUUGUUCAAAGCUCCAACCCAGACUCCCCUUUGGUAUCCUUUGAUAUGUGGUCUGAUCUUGAAAAAGAAAUCGUGAAUCAUGUCAUCAAUUCAUCAGCACAGGACAAAGAACAGUUUACACCAAUCAAUGAAAAGUCUGACGAUGACUCUAUGAAACUUGAAGAACUAGAAUUUACAGACAAUCUCUACAGCAUUCGUCAGAAGAUUCCCAAAAUCAGUGUCCUAGCUUCAAGGUUGAAAACCAAACUUGUUCAGGACCCUCUAUUAUUGGACAGCCAGGGUAAUCCCUUAGAAGAGAGAAGCAUUCUGAGAUCGGAAAUUCAAACGUCUUUCAGGGUAAAAAAUGCUGAAGAACAAGGACAGAGGGACAAGGAAGCGUUUCUAAAGAUAAAUUGCGUUGAUAGUGUGAACGAGAAUGAGAAGAUAUUUGAAAACGUUUACAGUCCAGAUAUCACAUCUAAAGAUGUAUUCCCCUUGAAAGAGACUCUCAGAUUGCUUGAUCUACAUGAAAACAGCGAGCUUGUAGAAGAGAAACCUGUGCUUGUAGAUCUGUUACAGCAACCCACUCACAGAGGUGUUGAAGCCCUCGCAGGUUCUAAGGAGAGCAGCGAAUUGAAGACGAAUGAUUUUGUGAAAUUAAAUGAAGGUAAUUUCCUGUCAAAAGCAGGGGAUCAAACCAGUGCUUGCGAUGUCUUGGAUGAUCAGCAUUUAUUGGAAUCUCCCUCUCAUCUUCCAAUUGUGGUGGAAAAUCCCAGCAGCAAGAAGUUUAUCAGUAGUUUGAAACCUUUUCAAUUGUCUCCUGAGAUAACUAGCCCACCACUGUCACCCAACAAGAUCAAGCAGUGUGUACAAAGCAUAUGGGAAAAUGAGAAGUUUCUGUUCAGUGAACACUUAGCAAUGGUGCUUCCUGUACCAACUACUUCAUCCAGGAGAAAAAAGGAUCAUUCGACGACUUUGAUACAAGUGGCGGUGAAGAAGUUGAUCCUUUCUCAAGAACUUGUGGAUGGAAAGGUGGAGUUAGGCAUACCGUGGGACCCGCUUGCUGCGUCCACCGGAAAAAUGCAGAGUUGCCAAAAAUGUCUUCAGUCUGUUUCGUCGUGGAGGAGUGAAAAGCAAGCUCAAAGUGAAUUACUCCCUCACCGAAAAGGAAUUUCAUAUCGUGGAGAAGUCUUUCAUAAAAAUAGCAUUUACGAUGAGGUACUAGAUGGAAGCCUGUCUCGAGACCUACAGCAAUUUUCUGAGGGAAAGCAGAAAGAACGAAAAUUGGGCGAGGAUGGAAGAAAAACUAAGACACUGGCUACAAAACAAAAUAUCCAUAACACUCUGUGUGCCCCUUCUUCUUCUUCCUCCUCCUCUGAUAACCCUAAAAGAUUUAAUUCACGUUCGUCGAACACAAGCAACCUUGUGACGGAAAUUGGAGGUACCCCGAGAGAGACAAACGAACGGGAACCAUGUUUUGCCGAACACACCACACUCCCGGCAUCUAAACAGUUUUCUGGUGGCAUUAAUGACUUCUUUUUUCUAAGGGGAGGUCUUACAAACUCCUUAAAGUUGGCCGGUUCCAGCCUGUGUGGGCCAACAAAAAAAAUCGUGAAAGCGGUGAAAGUUCUUCCUUCGGUGUUCACAACAGAGAAGACAGGACCUGACUCUGUUGUUGCGGAAGAACCAACAGGCCAUGAGUGUCUCGGCCAGCAGCACAGUAGCUGUCACGCACUGCAGCGUGACAUACCUGUUGAACUUUCAGACGACUUCCAGGAAGUUUUAGAUGAGUUGAUCAGACAUGUAAAGCCUGUGUUAUUUAGGCUACAGAGUUAUGGAGUUGUACCACAGACUAAGACGCUGUCGAAAUUAAAUCCAGAGUAUACAAGAUUCAUUUGGAAGCAAACCCAAAUGUCCCCUGAGGAAGGAGACCACCAAAGUGAUAUUCAUUGUUUGUCUGUGUGCUUGCAUGCACUUGUGUCUUCUGUUGAUGUUCUUAUGCAUAGUGGUUUGGAAGCCGCAAUAGCCUUCUUAGGCUCAAUAAAUGAAGAGCACAGCAGUUUAAUAAGAGGAGCUCUGGAAUCAAUACGGAGAUACCUCGUCAAAACACAAUUCACGUUUGAACAGCAGAAAAUUAUUCACCCAAAGCUUUCAAAGCUACUCAGCAUCGUAGCACGGUGGAGUAAAGAUCAAGACGCAGACGGCGCUAACGCUGCUAUCAUCGUUUACACUUUCCCUGAAAAGUUAACCAAAGAAAUUACAGAGAUACUGUCGGGUUUACACGGAGUUCAGACCAGGUUGUUUAACAAAGACACAGGAAUCAAUACUUCGCAGGAAGAAAAUGGACAAAUGGUCAUCUAUAUUGUAAAUGUUUUAGCGACAAACGAGGAUUUUCCGUGGACAAGAUUUGACUUUGUGCUAGACUACGACCUGACUGAAACGAUAACAAGGGAGGAACUUUCCCGCAGCACAAUACUUAAAUCUCAUAUAACCUUGAAGACGAUAUCAAAAAUUUCAGUGGAGAAGCAUUUAACUGAGGCUGAAGCUAGUAUAAAUUACACGUGGUUCUCUAUCAUUUCUCCCUCAGACAUCAGCGACACCAACUUGCUGAGGGACCAAGAUCAGUAA